GGUAACGUGGCUUUCGGGCGCUUAAACGUUUUAAAAAUAAAGGAGAUGAGGAGUUCAAUGGGGAAAACCUGAAUUGGGAAGGUUUCGUUUGCACCUCUCCGACGAGGACCAGGGAAUAAAGGGGUUGUUUAAGACGGGUCAUUGUUUGAAUGCGGGCCUAACGGGCCAGCAUUCUCGACGCAUGUUCUGGAGGCCUCAUCGCCUGGGAGUGACUGGGGGACACAAGCCCCUUGGUGCAGGACAGUACAAUUGAGGAAAGUGCAGUAUGAUCCAUGAUGUAGUACAUAGAGUGAAAAAACAUAGAUAUGGUGACAACACAACGAAAACUUUCUUCUCAUUUUCCGGAAGAUAAUCCAGAGACUUCUACUGCAGAGGAUCACCAUGAGGUGCAGAGUCCCAAGUUACAUGGACACAGGAAACAAAAAAAGAAAAAAUAUACCAUGUCAUUAGGUGAAUGUGAAAAUUUAGAAACUGUUAAAGUGGACUCUGAAAAAGACUUAAGUCUGUUUGUAAAUGAAGAUGUAAGACCAAAGAAGAAAAGGAAACGUGAAAAGGAAAGGAAUGGUUCUAGAUCAGAGGGACAAUGUGAUGCUGCAGACGUACAAAAUCUCAGGUUAACGGACCAUACUGAAAAGAAAGAGAAGAAGAAAAAGAAAGACAAAUGCGUCUCAUUAGGAAGGUUUGAUAGUUCAGUUAUGGUGGACUCUGACCUGAUCCUGAAUAAUCCACUUGUCGGUGAUGAUGAAAAGGAACAGAAGAAACAAAGAAAAGAGAAACAUUUUUCCAGAUCAGGGGCUGCAUGUGACAGUUUACAGCUGGAAAAUCAUAAGUCAUUUGGUGAGCAAAGAAAGACAAAGCACCAUUCCAGGUCAGUGGGAGGUGAUUAUGCAUCACAGCUAUGUGCACUAGAGAUUAGGGAAGAGAAGCAAAACCCCAAGUUGGUGGGCAGUGAAGUCAAACAAGAGAAUAACAAAAAUCGCCAUUCUUGCUUGGCAGAAGAGGGAGAUAUUUCUAAGUUUAGGGUAGAGACUGCCAAAGAAAAGGAUUGUGGUGUUUUAUUGAAAGGUGAUGAUAUUUUGGGGAUUCCUGCACAAGAGACUCUACAAUCAGUGCAAGAUCCCAAGUCUGUGGAUGGCAAAGGUGGGAAGAAGAAAAGGAAGCAUUGUUCUGAUCCAGCAGAGAGCAGUGAAGUGUCUGAUUAUACAACAGUAAAGAUUAUACAACAGAUAGAGAAUUCGGUAGGGAAGGCUGGCAAUCAAAAGGAAAAAGAACGCUAUUCUCAGUCAGCAGAAGGUGGUUCAGAGACCAUUACAGGGAAUCCUUGCAAAGAGGGUGAAAUUUUAGAAACUGCUGAUAUUGAUAUGGACAUUUCACCCAAAAAGCACAAGAAAAAGAAAAAGAAAAAGAAAAUGCAGUGCAACACCUCCCUCAAUGAUGUUGAAGUUUUACAGAAGUCUGUGAAGAAAUGUAAAGAAAGUGGAGUGUUGCCAUUUGAAACUGUUGUGGAAAAGAAUUACUGUGCAAACUCAGACAAUCAUGAAAAGUCAUUAAAGAAACAUAAAGUAAAAUGCAAUGCAAGUGGGAUUUCACAGAACACGGCAAAAGGCCACUCUAUGACUAUGCAAGAGACUGACUCCGCAGGGAUUGUUGCAGAACAGACUGAGCAAGCAAUCCAUAAUUCCAGUACAGUUUGCCAAGAAGCUGUCAAAAUCUCCAAAAAGUUAAAGCAAAAGAAAGGCACUUUAGUUAAAUGCAAAUCUAGCAAAACAAAGAACGUGAGGCAGGAUGGGCCUGUGCACUGCUCUGCAUUGAGCAGAGAGAACACAUUACAGGUGGUCUUUACCCCUGAAACCAUUGCAAAACCAAACAAGAUUUUGAAAACUCAGAAGAAACAGGAAAAGAAAUGGCAGGAGCGACAACAUGUGAUUGUGUCUGAUGAUAAUAUUGACAACACAUCUGUUAAGCAGUCCCAAGAAGAGGACAUGCCUUUUGGCGAAGAUGCAGCCAUUCAGAUGUCUAAAUCCAAGCUGGCUGAGCUACUCAAAGAUUUUGUUCCAAGUGUGGAAAAGCUGACAACUGGGACACUGCACAGCAUGUAUAAAUAUGAUCUUCCACGUUUUGAAAAAUUUAAAGAAGAAGGAAUUCCAAUCCGACAAGGCAGAUUCACAAAGGAAGAAAAUGAGCAAUUGAAGAAAAACGUAAAAGAAUUAAUGGAGUUAACUGGAAUUCAAACUGAGUGGGAGUUUUUCCAUGUUCCUGAGUCCUUUGAUGAGAUGAUGAGAAUAAAACAACUAAAACAGAAUAAUUUAUUCUGUACUAAAUUAGCUGAAGGUAUUCCAAGACCAUGGAAGUGUGUUUAUCAGCGAGCUAAGAAGAUGUUUGAUCCUAAUCGAUGUAAAGGCAGAUACACAGAAGAAGAAUUGGAGAAACUGAAUAACUUGCGUAAAAUUCAUGGGAAUCACUGGAUAAAAAUUGCUAAACUCAUGGAUCGAAGUGAUACAUCUGUUUUAAAUCGGGCAAGAUUAUUAAAGAAAUCCUUGAAAACUGGAGUCUGGAGUAAAAAGGAAGUGAGGGAAUUGAUGAAAAUAAUGGAAAAAAUAAUGAAAGAAAGGAUACAAGAAUUACCUCAUGAUCUAACAAUGACAAAUUCUGAUUCAAAUGUGUCUGAUUCAAUCUUCCGUGAACAUUUAUACAAGAACCUUCCUUGGGGUGCAAUUGCAGAGCAAAUGGAGCAUCGGAACUGGUUGCAGUGUAGGCAGAAAUGGUUGGGUAUCUUGACUGCAAAAAUGUCUGGCAGGACGAUGGCUUUGAAAACUAACUGUUACCAGAACAAUAUCAAUCUCAUCAAAAGAUUGUACCUGCUGGGUGUUGAUGACAUUGGUGAGGUGGACUGGGAGGAACUUUGCAGUGCUGUAGGAGAUGUUCCACCUCUAGCCAUUCAAAGGAUGUUCUAUAGAUUAAAAACCCGCUAUGUACCUAACUGGUCCAGGAAAUCCUUUGGAGCUGUUGUAGAAUUCCUGCAUGACUACAUAAUUCCAAAAAUGGAAAAGGUGCUUUGCACAAAAAGCCAAAUGGAAGACAUUUAUCAGCCACAACAGCACAUGUUCCAAUUAAGUGAUAUAUUUAAUGAAAAUGAUAACAGUGAUGCUGAAGAUGAAGAUGAUGAAAAUGAGAUGAUACAUCUGUUGAAAGAACAAUCAGUGCAAACUCCAAUUAAAGAAACUAAAUGAAAAUGUUAUCCUGCAUAACAAGAAUUUCUCUAUUGUCUGCUGUGAUUGGAACUGAUGCUAUUCUGUCUGAAGCACUGAGGAUGCAAUAGUAGUGGAUGCUGUCUGUUGAGCUGUAUUAGUGUAUUGUUUUUAUAUGGAUGUUAUGUGAACUUCCAGCCUCCUGUAUUUUUUGAAAAAAUUCUCCAGUUUUAUUAUUCGACCGUUUAUCAAAGAUAAAUUUAUAUCAAAUGAUUACUGUUGGAAAAGUUAAAUAUUUCAGAAAAUGUGUGGAAAUAUAAAACACAACCCCUACUGAUUGUGAAGAUGAACAAUUCAAUCUUGAGUUAGAAGCAUCACACAGGUAAUUGAAUUCUGACAGGUCUGUUUAAACAUUUUAAAUUUUUUAAUUGUCAAAUAUUAAUAAAUUAUUAUUCAACAUGAUUAUUUCAAA